GCUUCAGUCCCCCCCCCCCCCUCACUUGGCCUCAGCCUUCCUCAGCGCCCACGAUGCAGCUUCACGGAGCUCUGAUUCUGUGUAUGACUCUGUCUGCAGCAUGCGGAUUAAGAUGCUACACGUGCACAGCCACCGACCCGAGAUCCUGCACGGACACCACAUCUUGUCCUUUCGUCUUCAACCGUUGUUUUUCUCUCAGAGUAGACGGUUAUAACGUGGUCACCAAGGGCUGCCAGACCAGCGUCGUUUGUACAGGUGUCAUGGCCUGCUGUGAAGGCAACUUGUGUAACAGUGCCACACCGACCGGUCCCAGCGUCCUCCUACUCCUGCUGGUCUCCUCCAGCGUGUUCACGCUCUCCCUCUGAGCCGCUGCGUUUGUAAGCAAGCGCGACGAUAUUCCAAGUUUUACAACUUGUUUUUUAAUGCAGCUUUUUGUUUAUUUGUUUGUUGUCAAGCUAACAAUACAUUUUUCUCAUCCUCUCCAGCUUAUUAAAACGUUAUUUUCAUGGGGCAAUGUCAGCUUCAUGGUAUACCCAAAUUGAGAUUCUUUUUUCACAAGAUGCUUUGUACAUAACACCUGCUCAGAACACCCUUAUUCUGCUGUAGGGUUACUUAGAGAGUCACCAAUGUCGUUCUGAUUUAUCCUCAGGGGACCAUGGCAAACCUCAUGACCCCAAAUAAAACCUCAUGAUGGCAUUAGAGGAAGUCUGGGACACAUGAUGUCUGUACAAAACGAUUUGGUCAUCUGAUUGCAGAUGUGAUAUUUCAGUGUAGGCCAGAAGUGGUGGAUCCACAUCACAGGCAGUUUCUAUUUUGUGCACUGGCCCCAUACACAUGUUUCCUGUUUGAAGUUAAGGGAGACACUUCUCAACUUCCACUUCAGCGUUUCACACACAAGUCACACUCUCCCCAGGGGUCCACAGGAUGCAGCUAAGAGAGGACUUAGUUCCUCUGUCUGCGACUAAGGUCUAUUUAACUGUCUGUUAUGAUGUGCUCACUUAUAAGAAGACUCCCCUUUUCAGCUGUAAAAGUAACAGGAAGGAAGCGUCGUCCUCUGAGGGUGGACCAGCAGACUCUACUCUCUGUUUCACCGUAGCUUUUCAUGAAGAUGUGGUCGUAGUUCUGAGGAUUCCUGUACUUUUUACAUCAACACAAAGUUGGUAAUGCAAAGAAGUUAUUGAAGAUGCUUUUGUUCUGUAUUAAAUAAGUGAUGGGAUUACAACCACUGAUUUAAUAUAAUUAAAAAAAGGAUGGACAUUUUUUAAAAGGUGAAGAGUUUAUUACACACUAAUACUGGAACUUAAGACACAAUGUGCACUAAACUAUCUAUAACUCAUUAAACAAAUGUCUGAAACCACUCUGCCACAAUACAAACACACAUCCAGCUUUACGCAAUCUCUCAUUGCAGUUCUUACCCACACACUUUAUUUUGACCACACGGUUAUCUUAACUAGACUUUUUUAUCAAAACAGUAUGCACAUGUCCCAAUUGUCACGAUUAAUAUAUGUAUAGAUAAAAUAUUUUAUUCAUACGAGUAUUUUAAAUUGCAGUUGGCGAUGCAUUACAGCCAACACACUGAAGGGAAACCUCAGCUCUAUUUAUACUGACAGGAAUCUGACAGUUACUUUCCAUUUGCCGAUUUCUGUUAUUGAUCUGGAGACCUUUGAUUAAACUCAAACCUGAUCCCUCUCACAGACCCAGCCUAUAUACUGUGAAAUUAUACAAUAUGACCAUGGAGAGCUCUGUGUUUGUCUAUAUUUUUUGUCUGCAUACAAUGUGCAACACCACCACCACGCCCUGUGUCAUGUGAUGUAUAAGGAUGGAAGUGGUUUUGCAUCCACAUUUGCACAUGUGAUAUGUUUAUUUCUAGUCAUUCCAGCUGAAAGCUGCGGUUAUUGUAUUUGUGUGCACUUUCCCUUUUGCUGUUGUAAUCAUGUCACUUUCCCCUCUGCUGGACUGAUAGAGGAUAGUCUUAUUUUAUCUCAUCUUAAACACAGAGAAUAAUGACAGCAAUGUUGUGUGUUGGGUUUGUUCAUUAUUGUGAUGUCCUUCACUCCAAAACCCCCAAAAAUGGUUACUCGAAGAAAUGAUGGCAACAAAGUCACAUGAUGAAAAUGUAAUAAAUUAGAUCUAUUUCUUUUGAAUGAGUGUUGCUUACAAAAUUGAUUUGUAUUACAUUUGCUAAUUAUCUGAACAAAAGUAAUUUAGAUAUACUUAGUUAAUUGAUUAAAUGGAUUAGCAUUUACCAAUUCUGUGAUGGAAAUUAAUUAUGAUUUACUGAAUAUCUGUGUGAAAUGUAUUUAUAUUUACUGAUAUUUAGGGGGAACAUUUGAUUUCAUUUAAUAAAACAAAUUGUAACAACUCAAAUUUCAUAGUAUAUUUUUCUUUAUUCAACACCUUAACAUUUCUAGUCUUUGUACCUCCCUUAAUUUUUUUUUUAUUAAAGUUUGCUGCUAUUCUUUUACUUCUAAUCGAUCCAAUAUUAUACUUUCACUUCAUCAAGGCAUGUGUCUUGUAUAUGUCAGGCUGAUAAUAGAAUGCAUAUCUAC